UUUUUCUAUGAGAUGACUUCAGUGUAACAGCAGAUAGAAUGAGAAGACUGUGCUGUCGCAUCUACAAGGACAUACCUGUUUUUAUGACAUUCAUACUCCUAAUGUGUCCUUUAACAGUCAUAUUUUUAGGAGUGAAUGAAGACGACUGUUGCCUUGAUACCUUCGGGUCAACAGGAUUGUUUGACCGAGAACGAUUGACAGUACAAUAUGCCAUUAAUUGUUCUGCAAUAUAUGAGAUGGAACCAGUGGAAGUGGCAAAAUCUGAAUUCAUUCGUAAAAACAAAAUCUAUGUGGGGCCAACUGACAUGAGUAUUGUUAAUGCCACCUCUGACUGUGAUCAGUUUAUGACAUUAAAGGGUUAUGGUGCGGUAAAAUGCUCUGAGUCUGAGCGUGAAUUUCCUCUUGCUUACUCUUUGGUCGUUCACAAGAAUGCCGAUCUUGUGGAGAGGUUGUUAAGGGCCAUUUAUAUGCCACAUAAUGUUUAUUGUAUACAUUAUGACCUGAAGUCUUCAGAUGACUUUAUUUCAGCGAUGCAAGGUCUGGCCCGCUGCAUCCCUAACGUCUUCAUUGCCUCAAAACUGGAGAGGGUGCAAUAUGCAGGCAUCUCACGCCUCCAAGCAGAUCUCAAUUGUCUGUCUGAUCUCCUGGAGUCUGAGGUGAAGUGGAAGUAUGUCAUCAAUCUGUGUGGUCAGGACUUCCCACUGCGAACGAAUGCUGAACUGGUGUCAGAUCUAAAGAAGCUGAAUGGCACGAACAUGGUGGAGAGCAAGCGACCAAGAGGAAAACAAUGGCGCUGGACUUUUCACCACGAGCUGAAAAAUAACAAAUCCGAAUACUAUGAAACUCCUAAAAAAACAACUGAGGAGAAACUUCCUCCACCUCAUAACAUCGAAAUGUUUGUGGGCAGUGCAUACUUUGUAUUCUCACAGAAAUUUGCACGUUUUGUUAUGGGGAGUUGUCCAGUCAAAGAUUUCUUGGCUUGGUCUGAGGACACAUACUCACCUGAUGAACAUUUUUGGGCAACUCUGGUUCGUAUGCCUGGAGUACCAGGAGAGGUGCCAAGAUCUGACCCUGAUAUCACAGAACUGACAACUAAAACCCGUCUGGUUAAGUGGCAGUAUUACGAAGGAAAACUUUACCCACUAUGCACUGGAACGCUUGUACGGGGGGUGUGUAUUUUUGGUGCUGCUGAGCUCAGAUGGCUUCUUGACUAUGGUCACUGGUUUGCAAAUAAAGUGCACCCAAAUGUGGAUCCAAUUAUUAUUGAAUGUCUAGAAGAGAAGCUGUUAGAAAAACAACUGAUGUCUGUAUUGUGAUGUCUGUAUUCAUCUGCAGUUAAAAUGUAAUGCUACUUUUAAAAGGCAACAAAGUUAAGCUUUAUAAAAAAAACUGUAGUUUAGAUGUUUGGUCACUGAAUUUGGUGAUGUAAAGUAUCCGUUUCACAGUUAACACGUGAGAUCACGCAAUGCAUUCUCAUACUGUGAUAAUCACAGUGUGAGCUAUAUGUGCAGCUCAUUGUGAUUUCAAAAUGUUUAGAAGAGGAAAUACAACAUAAAGCUAAGUACACACCAAAAGAUUUUUUAAAUCUUAUCCGAUUUUCAAAAUGUGAUACACCACGAACAUGAUGAAAAACACUUUUGUUCCUAUAGUGUGUGGAGUGCCGUUAUGAAUAACAAUGCAAAGAUAAGAGUCUCAGCUGAGGACAAAGGAAAUCUCGAGAAGAUCUUGCAAUGUUUUUGGCGUCCAAACGUGACUUCACAGUAAACAAACAUGGAAAACAACGGGCAUAAAGAAAUGUCAUUAAUAAAAUGGACUGCUUUUUACAUAUUUUUUACAUCUACUGUGAGUUUCUCACAUUAUGAGAAAUAUGCAAGCUCAUUGUGAAUUCAGAAUGAUGAGUGCACAUGGUAUGAGUGCACAAUGAGUGUGCCAUGAACAUAGUGACCUUCAUAUGAGCACACAGUGAGUUUGCAGUGUGGUUACACUUUGGAUCACUGUGACCCACACAUUGUGACAACAUCAUGAUGACUUCACCGAGAGAUCAAAUAGUUGACUGGGUUUUAUAUUAUUUGUGAAUUUAGUUUUCUCUUAUAGUUUUCAAAUUUUUCUCAUUACACACAAUGGUGGAUGUAACUUUAUUUAAACUCCCCCUUUGUUAAAAAUCAGGUUUUUAAUGUAAUUCAUAUCAUGACUUUUUGGCAUUUUCACACUACAGGAACUGGAAAUGAUUGUAGUACCAUGACGGCUUUUUCUUGGGAACUAAAUUCUGUAAGUUCUGUAAGAAUGUUAUAAUAUGUCAAAAGUCGUGCAAUUAUACAACAAAUCUUUUUGUGUCGUUUUAUUUAUCUACAUGAGACUGUGUUGAUAAAAGAUUACUUUUAUGGCUGC